CCCUCAAUGGAGAUCUGCCUGGAAACGGCUGAUGCCGCCCGGCCCAGGCACUCACUGCUCCAGAGCAGCGGCGCGGGCUGCCGGCGCCCUUCAUCCUCCGACCGCAGCCAUGGGGAGCGGCCGAGUCCUGGUGGCUGGGGCCGUGCUGGUGGCACUGGUGGCGCUGGGAGCACGGCUGGCCGCUAGCACGCGGCCCUCGGCAUUUUUCCAGUGGAGUGCUACAAUUGAGUGCCACUUCCUCAAUGGCACCGAACGGGUGAGGUUUCUGGUCAGGCACGUCUACAACCGGCAGCAGUACGUGCACUUUGACAGCGAUGUUGGUCUCUUUGUGGCCGAUGCAGUCCUGGGAGAGUCUUCUGCUAAAUUCUUCAACAGCCAGCAGGACGUGCUGGAGAAGAACAGGGCUGCGGUGGAAAUGCUCUGCAACUACAACUACGAGAUAGUGGCCCCUUUGAUGUUGAAGAAGAGAGAGCCCAAAGUGAGGAUCUCUGCACUGCAGUCGGGCUCCCUUCCCCAAACCGACCGGCUGGCUUGCUAUGUGACAGGCUUCUACCCGCCUGAGAUUGAGGUGAAGUGGUUCCAGAACGGGCAGGAGGAGACAGAGAGUGUGGUGUCCACAGAUGUGAUCCAGAAUGGGGACUGGACCUACCAGGUGCUGGUGGUGCUGGAGACCAGCCCAAGACAUGGGGACAGCUAUGUGUGCCAGGUGGAGCACGCCAGCCUGUGGCUGCCCAUCACCCAGCUCUGGGAGCCCCUGGUGGAUGAGGGCAGGAGCAAGCUGCUGAUGGGUGUCGGGGGCAUUGUGCUGGGGCUCAUCUGCCUGGUGCUUGGUCUCUUCCUCUUCCUGCACAGUAAGAAAGUUUCAGGGCAAUGUGAUCCAACCACGCCAGGUAAUGUCUCAUCCUCCCAGUGACAUUACUGUACUAGGAGGAACCCCAAGCCCACUGUGGUCCUCAUUUCAAUUCCUUUCCAUACAGGGGUACUGAGCUAGCUGCCCCACACUGCUGUUCCACCAGCAUGCCCUGCACUCCCCAACCCAGAGCUUGAGUUUCCCUUUGGGUUAUUACCAUGUUCCCUGCUGCCACUGCCAAGCCUAUCACGAAGAUGUUGACUCCACAGUUCUGCUUCUUUACUGUGAUCACCCAAUGAUACCUCCGUGUUCCCACUGUGAUCGCCUAGUGGUCAUCUCUUUGUCACCCCAUCACAACACCAUCUUUGCCCCACAUGACCCACACUAUUUCCAAUGGUUACUCUACGAUGGCCAAACUUUCCCCUUCUGAUCACUUCAUUCUCAAGCUAUUUUUCCGUGUGUUUUUCCUACUAACCUCAUGGUCAUCCAGUGGUGCCACCAUUUCUCAGCAUAGUCCACCCAUGGCCUCACCAAGAAUAUUCCAUGGUCAUCCUAUGGACACCUGUUUGACACCCCAUUCUCACCCACAGUCACCUCAUGGUUGCGUUAUGUUUUGGCUGUGACACCUCAUGAUAAGUGUUCCUGUCACAGUGUCCUGGUUCCAGCUCGGAUACUGCUUGGUGACUCAAGAAUCCAUGGAGCUUGGCAGUGGGAUGGGGCCACAGUGGGGACCAAAUGUCAGAAGGAGUCCUGCAAAGCCAUGCUGUCUGCAGACAAAUGCCGCCACUUGGCUCUGCUGUUCCCUGCCCCUUGCUCCCAAGCAUGCUGGGAAGCUCCU